UGGCCAGCUCUGUGAACUCAACAUCAAAUCAAGCUCUCGGCUUCAAGUAGUCACAACUACCAAACAAACCAACCCAAACAAUCAACAUGAAAUUCUUCGCCGUCUGCUUCUUCGCUGUUGUGGCUGUGGCUGCUGCCAAGCCCGGAAUCGUGGCUCCUCUGGCUUAUACCGCUCCGGCUGUGGUGGGCAGUGCCGCCUACGUGGCGCCCUACGCCUCCAGCUACACCGCCAACACGGUGGCCCACAGUGCCGCCUUCCCCGCCGCCUACACCGCCCCCAUUGCCACUCCUCUGGCCGCCGCCUAUACCGCUCCAGUUGCCGCCGCUUACACCGCUCCCCUCGCUGCUCCCUUGACCGCUGCUUAUACCGCUCCAGUGGCCCGCCUUGCCGCCCCCUACGCCGCCGCCUACACCUCCCCCCUGGCCUACAGCUCGCCCUACGUGGCCAGUCCCUAUGUCGCCGCCGCUGCCGCUCCUCUGCUGCUGAAGAAGUAAACCAACGGAUUGCGAACCUUGCCGAAAAUAUUUCCCCGUGAGCCUCGCUCAUGGCUUGGAUUUUAUUUUCCCAGCCCACAAUAUGCGAAUUUGAAUUAAACUUUAUGAACUAA